CCGCUCUCUUUUCCGCUCGGCGAGACCCGCAGCCAUGGGCCGCCGACCCGCCCGUUGCUAUCGGUACUGCAAGAAUAAGCCUUAUCCCAAGUCCCGCUUCUGCAGAGGUGUUCCUGACCCCAAAAUCAGGAUUUUUGACUUGGGCAGGAAGAAGGCGAAGGUUGAUGAGUUCCCUCUCUGUGGGCACAUGGUGUCCGAUGAGUAUGAACAAUUGUCAUCAGAAGCUUUGGAGGCUGCCCGGAUCUGUGCCAACAAAUACAUGGUGAAGAGCUGUGGCAAGGAUGGCUUCCACAUCAGAGUGCGCCUCCAUCCCUUCCAUGUCAUCCGCAUCAACAAAAUGUUGUCCUGUGCUGGAGCUGAUAGGCUCCAAACGGGGAUGCGUGGAGCCUUUGGCAAGCCUCAGGGGACCGUAGCUCGUGUUCACAUUGGCCAGGUCAUCAUGUCCAUCCGUACCAAGGUGCAGAACAAGGAACAUGUUAUUGAAGCCCUGCGCAGGGCCAAGUUCAAGUUUCCUGGACGUCAGAAGAUCCACAUUUCCAAGAAAUGGGGCUUCACCAAAUUCAAUGCUGAUGAGUUUGAGGAAAUGGUGGCUGAAAAACGUCUCAUCCCUGAUGGUUGUGGAGUGAAAUACAUCCCCAGCAGGGGCCCUUUGGACAAGUGGCGUGCCUUACAUGCAGCAUGAGGGCCUGUCAAUAAGAUGCCCCAUUGAUUUAUUCUUGAAAGAAAAUUCAUAAGAAUAAAGAGUGUUCUCUA